UUUUUCUCUACCAAAACACUCAGAUUUUACUGCUGAUUUUUGUUUCCGACAAUGGGUAUGAGUAAUAACGCGGGGCAGUUUGGAGAUACGACGCUAACCAAAGUAUUCGUGGGAGGUUUAGCUUGGGAAACACCUCAAGAAGCCAUGAGACGGCAUUUCCAGAAAUACGGUGAGAUCCUCGAAGCUGUUAUUAUUUCCGAUAAACUCACCGGCCGGUCCAAAGGUUAUGGAUUCGUUACAUUUAAGGAUGCUGAAGCUGCUAACAAAGCCUGCGAGGACCCCGCUCCCGUCAUCAACGGCCGCCGUGCCAACUGUAACAUCGCCUCCCUCGGUGCUCGUCGCCCGAGGUCUGCAUCCGCUGCUCCUCCGCCACAACGAGGAUCCAAGGUUGGGCCGAGAGCCACGUCAGUUCCACCAGCCAAUCAUGUACAAUUGUAUUAUCCAGCUGGAACAUCAGCUCCGGCGUUUCAUCAGGCCGUUCCUUUUUACGGGUACUCUCCUACAUACAUGAAUGGGCAUUUCGCACAAGCAUAUCCAGAAGCAGGGCGGGCUAUUAUAGAUGCCAACACAUUGAUGCCAAUGUACCCUUAUUAUCACUACCAUCAAUCACCGACAUCGGGAUUUCCAUCUGUCUUCCAUCCUUCAGCGACAGCUUGGCCCAUCACCAAUUACUCUUCAGGUAACAACCAUUUGAUCCUUCAUGAUGGUAACGAACAUGGUAACAUGACAAUAAAUCUUUGUCACGUGAAGGUUGACUGA